AUGGCUCGGUUGGGCGCCCCUCCCCCUCCGACUCCCCUGCCUGUGGUGAAAUGGCCUGCUGCUCUGGGUCUGGGCCCCAUGGUGGGGCCUCUGGCUGUGGACUACUGCAGCGAGCACUGCUUGGGAUGCGAGGGGGCUACCAGUGGCAUGGCAACUAUACGAUUCGACAACAAGUGCGGCUCGCGCUUCCGGUCACCGGAGCCUUUUGCGUUUGGCUUCUUCUCGGUCGACUUCAAGUGCCCCUCCGGCCUCACCAGUGGCCUCGUCUCCAGCUUCUAUCUUUCCACACAGGAGGGCAGCAGGAGGCAGGACGAGAUAGACUUUGAGUGGCUGGGCAAGAGCAACAUGCACGUGCAGACCAACUACUACGUGACAGGCGUGGGCCACCAUGAGGGCUUGCACACCCUCGGUUUCGACUGCUCCAAGGCGUUUCACAACUACGCCAUCAUGUGGACCGCCGCCCGCAUCGUGUGGUUUAUUGACAAGGUCCCUAUACGAGAGGUUGUCAACAAUACAGCAUUGUCAAAUGAACCUUAUCCAUCCAAUCCGUCUUUCCUCUAUGCUAGUGUUUGGGAUGCAAGUGGAAUAAGUCAAGGGUUGUGGUCCAUUUUGACUUUUGAUCAAUCGAUGUCCGAUCAGCAGGGGAUGGUGAGCGAGUCCCCCAUUCGAAGAACAGCGUUUGCUGCCGUCAUGGAAGCGGAGGCACCAGAGAAGCUGGUGGCACGGGUUGGACGGAGUCAUCAAAGAUAUGCGGAAGGGGUUCGUCUCGUUGCUGGGUGCAUUCCCUUCCGCAUUCUUAACGAGGAGCAGGACGGCAGACAAACGACAGAACAGCUUCAAGUUCUUAUGAUUACAUCACAACAUGGCGAAGGCUUAAUAUUUCCAAAGGGAGGCUGGGAGACGGAUGAGACCGCUGAACAGGCCGCGUGCCGAGAAGCUAUGGAAGAAGCUGGGGUUCGAGGGAUUAUACAGGGCAGAAUAGGUUCGUGGAUGUUCAAGAGCAAGCGAUUACGCACUGCCGAGUGUAAAGACGGAGAGUGCUGUGCGCACAUGUUCAGCCUUGCUGUAACCGAGCUGCUCACUGUCUGGCCCGAAAUGAGCCGCCGUAGCCGUCACUGGGUGUCAAUACCAGAGGCCAUACAGCGGUGUCGGCAUGAUUGGAUGAGGGAUGCUCUGCGGCAGUGGUGUGACCAGCAGCAGCCAGCGUUUAAGCUUCCGCCUACCUGA